AUGCCUCUCCCCUUCGAAACGCUGAUUCCUUAUGGAAUCAUGGUCGUCAUGUUUGGCGCUACCGGUAUUGGCUUGGCCACCGUCAAGCACUUUGAAAGCGGAAAGAAGCGACCGAGGUACUCCGUAGACCACUGGGAUAGGCCCGCCAUUGAUACUAACCCAAGAGUAGUGAUGGAGCGAGACAUGCGGUUGACCGGCUCUCUCAGAGGCCAGACCGACAAUCCAGUUGCCCCGCCGGGCUUCGAAUACAAUAACCCCUGGAAGUUGGAGAAGAGGAUACUCUAG